AUGUCGGCGUCGACCAUCCCAUCCAUUGCCGUGGUGGCUUCCUCACGGGCUGUCAUCUCCGGCCGUCUGACAUCGGCCACCAUUAUUAUUUCACAGACCACUGGCAAGAUUACCGCGGUCAUUGAUUCCGUUAUUCCUGCCUCCGAAUUUCCAGAAGGCGUCCCCUACACAGACUACUCCCCAUAUGUCCUUUUGCCGGGAUUGGUGGAUGCCCACGUGCACCUCAACGAACCUGGUCGGACUGAAUGGGAGGGCUUCUACACCGGCACUCAGGCUGCGGCCUUUGGUGGCGUGACCACCGUGAUUGACAUGCCGUUGAAUGCCAUUCCCCCCACGACCACGGUGGCCAACUUCCAGGAGAAACUGGAGGCUGCUCAGGGCAAGUGCUGGGUCGACGUGGGCUUCUACGGCGGUAUCAUCCCCGGCAACGCGGGGGAUUUGAAGGGCCUCGUGAACGCCGGUGUGCGCGGCUUCAAGGGUUUCCUGAUCGACAGUGGUGUGGAUGAAUUCCCCGCCGUCAGCCAGGAGGAUAUCCAAUUGGCCAUGACGGAAUUGGCAGAGGAGCCCACUACGCUGAUGUUCCAUGCUGAAAUGAUUCCUCCCAUCACGGCCUCUGUCGGAGACCUAAUACAGAGCUCAGAACCUCCUGCGGCACCGGCUGGUCCGCUCGAGGCCUACUCGACCUUCCUGGCGUCUCGUCCAUCCGCCUUUGAAACCUGUGCCAUUGAGCAGAUUCUUUCCCUGGCUCAUCUCGCCCCAAAUCUCCAAUUGCACAUUGUCCACCUCUCCGCCAUGGAAGGUAUCCCCCUCCUGCGGGAAGCCCGUGCCAAGGGUGUCAAGAUCACCGCCGAGACUUGCUUCCACUAUCUUUCCCUCGCCGCGGAGCAGAUCCGCGAUGGCGAUACCCGUCACAAGUGCUGCCCUCCCAUCCGGUCCCAACUUAAUCAGGAUGGCCUCUGGGACGAGCUGGAGCAGCACGCCAGCGGCGGCGUCAUUCAAACCGUCGUCUCGGACCACUCGCCUUGCACCCCGAACCUGAAACUUCUUCCGGCCCACGUGCCUGGCCACUGCGCAACCGACGAUCCCAAGGUCCUGGAGAAUACAGGCAACUUCUUCUCCGCCUGGGGUGGCAUCUCCUCCGUGGGCAUGGGCUUACCCAUCCUCUGGACCGAACUCAGCCGUCGCAAGGGUCUGACCCCAUCCCCCAACGACCCCAACACCCGAAAUGCCUUGCAAGACAUUGUCCGUCUGUGCUGCGCCAACACCGCGGCGCAAGUUGGCCUGCAGAACCAAAAGGGUGACCUGGCCGUUGGAUUUGAUGCCGAUAUCUGUGUCUUUGACGACGCGGCCGAGUGGGUGGUGGAGCCGAGCACGAUGCUCUUCCGGAACAAGUGCUCUCCCUAUCAGGGUCGUACCAUGCGCGGUAUGGUCCGUGAGACCUGGCUGCGCGGUGCGCGUGUCUUCACUCGCGAAGCGGGCUUCGUCGAGAGCAAACCAUCCGGAAAACUGCUGCUGGAUAAGCGAGUUUGA